AUGCGGAGGUACUGGAAGAGAAGAGGGGGAUACCAUAGACUAAAUGGAUCCAAUUGGUGGCGGAGGAGGCACAAGAAGCAAGUGGAGCAGCUUGGAACCACCGACACCGGCGCCACCAACAGAAGGCGUAGGACAUGGAGGAUCAAGGUGUCCCGUAAGAUCAGGAUAUCCAGAAUCCCUUCGCCCAAGAAAUUCUUGCUGUGGCUGAGGGAUUCUUACGUUAGAAUGAUGCUUGGGGUGGCCAACUCUAAGGUCAUGAGCAUGAGCGGUUCUGCCGUCGGCUACGGUGGCAGAAGCGCAACCACGUCCAUGGCCCUCGGAGUGGUGAAUUCUAAGCCCGUGAAGGAGUAUGAUGAGAAGAUGAUUGUUCAUAUCUACAAGUCCUUGGUCAUGGCGCAGCAGCAGGGACAUGAUGAACCACAAAAAUUCCCUUCUCAAAUCACUUGUCCAUAA